CCGCCCCCCUACCAGAAAAAGCAGCUGAACGGCCUGCCUAAAUUGAAGAUUGAAGACAUAAUCGUUGUUGUUUUUUAAACGAAAGACCCGCUCAAAAUGUGUUUAUCCUCUCGAGCUAUUUAUUUUGAUCUGUUUUUGCAUUCUUUCACUGCGUAUUAAAAUUACUGAUUAUUGCGCAGUGAUAAAUUCAUUAAAUGUUACUUGGAAACGAUACAAAUAAGCUAAUUGCGGAUGUGUCUUCUCGAUGAUAUGAGGUGUCUUUGUAACCGCUGUCGAUCAAUAAGUUUGACAAUCCCAAAAAGUUAGUAAAAAGCGACUGUCGAUCGAAUCUUUGAUGAGGAAAUGUCGCUAUUCGUUCGCGCGGUAAUAAGGAACGAAAUAAUGCACGUUCGGAAAUUAUUCUGUGGGAGUGCAAGGAACACGAGAACCCACUAUGAGACUUUGAGAAUACAUCCGGAUGCCUCUCAACGAGAGAUACGACUUGCGUUCAUAAAAUUAUCAAAAGAAAUGCAUCCUGACACCGGCAAAAAGUCCAAUCAUUCGGACUUUGUGAAAAUUUCUGAAGCUUACAAAGUACUGAGCAAAUUGCAUACCAGACAACGAUACGACGCGGAUUUGCAGUUUGAGAAAGCGUCGCAAGACCAAAAAGUAAGAAAGGUGUAUUACGACAACGAGAUAAAUUCGUUCCGGGAUGCGUCAGGGAUGCACGGACCGUUUGACCCUAGAGAUCCGUCUUACGAACCGUACGGGAUACGAGGCGGGAAGCAUCUUACGAAAGUAACGAUCGCGAUGUUGUGUCUUCUUUUCUCGGCAGUCGGAUUCGCGUGUCAAAUGCUUCUCGUCAAAGCAUCGAUGAGCUUCAAUGGAAAGAAAAUUGCGGCGCAGAACAAAAAGUAUCAGGAGGCAUACGAUGAAGUACGAGCGGAAGCAAAUCGUUUGAACAGGGAAGAGCAAAUAGCCGCCUUUGAGGAGAGAUCCGCGGCGAGCAGAGCCAAACUCGCGGCGAGAUAUCGCAGUUGACCGAUCCUGGUAAAUUCUCUGAGCAAAAAGUCAAGCUCUUGAUAAAUUUCGUACUUGAUUUUAUGAUACCGGUUCUCAAAUGGAAAUGCAUCAUCGCGUCGUUUUUUUCAUUUUUUUCAUUUUUUUUUUUUUUAUUCUGCACACAUUCGAGAUUUACAAUAAUUACAAGCUCCAAUCUCUUCUUCAUGAAACUAUGUUUUAUUCGUUGAAGAGUAUAACGAUUCUCGCGCGGUAGACCUUUUUAAAAAUCGUCGGUGCGAAUACAAUUCGUAUCCGUCUUGAGAUGCCAAGUGAUAAAAAAAAUAGUCAUACGCCAUGGAAAUAAAUCGAUCCAAGUUCAAUCGUCAUUCAUACACGUAUUACCAUAAAUAUCGAUAGAAAUAUAUUUUCGUACGUAUAACAGCGCCAGUGUAUUUUUUACAAAUAGCCGCGGGAGCAGCAGCGGGAAUUUGCGGUGUACAAAUAUAAUUAUAUAUGGAUUUUGCCCCGUU